AUGGUUACCCAGCAGCAUCACCAUCGGCCGACAUUAAAGCAGUCAAAUAAGGCAUUCAAGAGCAAGCAUACAACAAAAGGAAGCUUGAAGGAUGCCCAGAAGGGCAAGGUUCCCCGUUCAUCUCCUAAAUUGCACUCAACAACCUCUAAUGACUCGGCGCAACUCCGUUUGAACAGACGAAAUGCAGCUAAGCAGGCACAAUUGACGAAGAGACAAUCAUUGGUCGACUCGCGCAGGCUGUUUAGUUCUGGAGGGACACCCCGAAUCGUCGCUGUAGUUCCCCUCACAUCCGAUAUAGAUUCAAGGCUAUGCGUGGAGCGGUUAGCGUUGGUCCUAGGAGAGACCGUAGAAGGAAGCGGGGAGUCGAGAUCAAAACUACAUGCAUCGCGGUUCAAAACUUCGUUAGAGUUUCUCUUCCCCACUACAUUCUAUUCAACUCUCGACGCACUGCUCAUCGCCGACUAUGUCCUUAUUAUCCUCUCUCCGUCGGUGGAGGUCGAUGAACAAGGAGAAACACUCAUGAGGACCAUGCAGAGCGUGGGCAUGCCCAGCGUUGUGGCUAUUGUAGGAGAGUCAACGCAAGAGACUGCCACCACUACAUCAAAAGAACAUAAAGAGAUUCUCAAAUCUCUCCUUUCGUUCACGCAAUAUUUUGUCCCCUCCCUGAAUCGCGUAUACGAUCUAUCUUCCUCCGCAUCGAGUGAAGCUCUUAAUACGAUCCGUGCCCUCUGUGAAUCUACGCCAGCUGAAGUUAAGUGGCGAGCGGGAAGGAGCUAUCUACUUGCCGACCAGCUACAAUGGGCCAAAUCGAUGACGGAUCCGACUUCAGAGCUGAGUACCCUGGGGUCGUUAAGUAUUACAGGGAUUAUUCGCGGUGCCUCCCUUGAUCCAAAUAGAUUAGUACAUAUCCCAAGCUGGGGAGACUAUCAGAUCGAAAAGAUACUAAGCGCACCUCUUCCACGAUCUACAAGAACUGCGUCUAAAACUACCUCUAAUCUGGAUUCUAUGGAUCAAAGUGACAUAUCCGUCGAGCCCUUACUCCUAGCCGAGCCCACUCCCUCAGAAGCCGACUCCUUAGUAUCCACCAAUUCCACUGACGACGAGGAGGAGUUGCGGAGGGAACAAACGUGGCCGACUGAUGAAGAUAUGGACCGAGCCGGUCAUGAUAUAGACUUAGAUCUAGAAGGGCAAGAACCCAUCCCCGACGCGCCCACAGGCACAACACCCAAACGAAUAAAAAGAAUGCCAAAAGGGAUGAGCGAAUAUCAGGCGGCGUGGAUCGUCGAUUCUGAUGUUGAGGAAGAUGAUGAGGAAGAUGAUGACAAAGAGAACCGUGUCGACUUCAAGAUCGACACUCCCGAGGGAGACGAUGUGGCUAUGGAGGAAGACGAAGAAGAAGCCGAGGGUGACGACGGUAUCUCAGGCGGGGGAGGGAAAAGAAAAGUCCGGUUUGGAGAUGAAGCGGAUUUCGAAGAUCUUUCACAGGACGAAGAAGAUGCCCAGCUUGCGUCGUGGAGACUCGCGAGGGAGAAGAACAAGGAGAGGGAAAAGGAAGAACAAACGCACACGUUGUUCCCUGACGAAAUUGACACCCCUCAGCAUAUUCCCGCUCAACAACGUUUCGCGCGGUAUCGUGGUCUGAGGAGUUUCAGAACAAGCCCGUGGGAUCCAUAUGAAAAUCUGCCAAGGGAGUAUGGCAGGAUAUUCAGCUGGGAGGGACAAGGGGAUAAAAGGGGGGGUGGAGCGUUUAAGAGGAUGGAGAGAAGUAUCAUCAAGAAAAUAGAGAAGGAAGGAGGAGGUGUGGAGCCCGGCACACGAGUAACGAUCGUCCUCAAAAAUGUACCUCAGAGUGUCCACUUACACCACACCAUUACUACCACCUCCAAUUUCUCUUCACCGCUCACACUUUUCGCCCUGCUUCCGCACGAACACAAACAGACCGUAUUGAACUUCACCAUCACACGCAACACGGAAUACACAGAUCCCGUCAGGUCGAAGGACCCGAUGGUGCUCUGCAUGGGAUUCAGAAGGCUGAAAAUAAAGCCUGUGUAUUCUGCUUUCGAAGGAGGCAAAAUACCCUUGAACAACGUCCAUAAAUUCCUUCGAUACCUCCCGCAUGGCGACACAAGUAUGGCUACAAUAUAUGGCCCUGUGAUGUUUGGCAGCGGGAAGGUGAGCUGUGUGCUUUUGAGGGAGACUGGAGUAGAUGUUAUUUUCUCCACCACCUCCCCCACUCCCGCCCUGGUAGCUUCCGGUACCCUCGCUUCCCCAUCCACCACGCGUAUAAUCGCCAAACGUGUAAUAUUAACUGGCCAUCCAUUCAAAGUACACAAAAAGACGGCGACGGUUAGGUAUAUGUUUUUCAAUGCUGAGGAUGUCAACUAUUUCUCGCCAAUUCAGCUCCAUACAAAACACGGUCGGAUAGGGCAUAUCAAGGAGUCCCUGGGCACGCAUGGGUACUUCAAGGCCCAUUUCGACGGUCCCAUUUCGCAGAUGGACACAGUGUGUAUGUCGCUGUAUAAGAGGGUUUGGCCGAGAUGGUCGGAAGCGGUUCAUGCGGUUCAGGGAAAUGGGGAAAGUGCUGGCUCAAAUGAAACUAUUGAGGUGGUAGAGGAUGUUGAUAUGGACUGA